AUGAGAUUACCAAUGACCAUCAGAGACUCUGACACGAAUGAGACUUUUCCAAUCCAAGACCAACAACUGGUACUGCAGCUCGCCAAUGUUCUCAAUGACCUCAAUGGAAAUGACUCUUCUCUGGCUGUGAAGUUCAUUCCAUGGAUCCAAGCGAGUGACAACACGCCUGUUGCAACAUCCAAGAGACGACCUGAUGGUACCAUUCCAGGAAAGAAGGAAGUGGCUGCGAACUCAUCACUGGCAGAUAUUGUCACGUGGUCCAAUGCAACUGCCGCUGAGGAAGCAAUCGAUGCUCUGGAUACUGUGAAGGCUCUUGACAAGGAAAGAGUCAAAUUUUAUGCAGGGAACGUUUUCCGCGCCCAUAAACAAGCUGUGGAAAAAGGCUUGUUCGAUUUUUCUGAGGUCGAGUACCUACGCCAUGUCAUUGGUACUGAUUUGAAUACCACCGACGAAGUUACCACAACAGCUGUUUCAUGGCCGAUGUGGGAGUUUGAGACAGUAUACUUUAUGGCCAAUGAGUGGGCAACCAUCGACAAAGGAAUGAGCCGUCUACCAGAAGCAUUCCGGUCGCUUGUUAAAGACCGUAUAUCGUUCAAUACCAAAGUCAAUGGCGUAAAGUAUAACAAGGAGACGAACACUCUGACAGUGACUCAUCGUCCAACUGGAGGUGACCCAAGCGAGGCUUCAACGUCGGAAGAGUUUGAGUACAUUUUCAACAGCGUUCCAUUCAAUCUCUUGAGAUUUUGGGAGCUUCCACCUCAUUCGUCGUUGAUGCGUCGAGCUAUUGAUAGACUUGUCUUUGAUGGAGUAGUGAAGGUCGCCAUCCAGUACAAGGAAAGAUUUUGGGAGCAUCUCGAACAUCCCAUCAUUGGAGGUUGUGGAAGAAUCAACAUUCCUGGAAUUGGACAAAUAUGUUACCCAUCCUACGAGAUCAACAGCACUGGUCCUGGUGUCAUGCUUGCAGCUUAUAUCUCGUCCUCCGAUGCGCGAGUCGCUUGCGCCAUGCCAGAAGAGGAGCACAUCGCAUACAUCCAGAGGGCGAUGGUUAAACUACACGGCCCCAUUGCAGAUGAGAUGUGGACUGGAAACUAUGAUCGUCACUGUUGGGAUAACGAUGAACACCACGCCGGAUCUUGGGCAGUACCAAUUGUCCCCCAGCAACAGCUGUACCUUCCGGCUUACUGGCAGACGGAAUUCAAUACCGUUUUCAUUGGUGAACAUACAGCAUAUACUCAUUCGUGGAUAUUCAGUGCGUUGGAGAGUUCGGUACGAGGGUCGGUACAGAUGUUGCUUGACCUUGGGCUGGUAGAUGAGGCCAAGGAAGUGACAAGGACUUGGAUGGCAAGAUGGAUCAACUUGUGAGCUACUUUAGUGAGCUGGGAAAGUCUAUAAGAGCUCUGGAAAAUAGAGUUAUGCGAAUGUGAAACAGGGUCCGGUUUGCGCCAUUGUAUGACAGAAGCUAUCUCAUGAAAGGAUAUAUAUAUAUAGAUAGAGGUGUCAGAAGAUAUGGAGAAAGUUCUCUCUGACUCUGCG